UUUCAGUUCAGUUUCAGUGUGAAAGACAUAUCUGUCGUUUUGUUUACAUUUAGCUAUAUUAUCACAAUGUCAGACGAAGAGGAUGAUUACAUGUCCGACAAGUUUUUGGCGGGUUUACAAGAAGUGCGCCCCAGCUUGGUAAACAAUCGCGCGAAAAAGCGUCUGAUUGAAGUGGAAACAAAGCAGGCGGAAAACAGUAAACGGCAGCGCGAAAUAGCGAAAACCUAUACAGUUGACAAUGUUCGGCUUCAAGAGUCUCUUAACAAGCCCAUUACUGCGGACAAUAAAGGCUUCCAGCUGCUGGCCAAAAUGGGCUACAAGGCGGGCAGUGGACUGGGCAAACAAGCAGACGCACGAAUUGAUCCCAUUGGGUUCAGCAUUAAAAACGAUCGCGGGGGACUAGGGCGCGAGGCAGCGAUUGCCGAGCUUGCAGCCAAGCGACAGGAGCUGCGGUUACGCAAAGCAGGCAUUCAAUCUGUCGAUGAAAUCAGCACUGAAGCAUAUCGUCGUCGAGCUACACAAAAAGCCGAAGAACGCAAGCUCAGCUACGAUUUAAAGCGUUGUCAGCAAACAUGCGAAUCUUUGGAUUUGGCAGCAGGUGUCACGGAACCAGAGCUGGACUUUUUCUGGCCACCCAAGCCCAUAGAACCAGGUACAGAGACAGAUGAAAGUGAGUCAGUAGCAUGUGAAGCAGAGCCCGAGGAGGAGAAAGAUGAACAAUAUAGUGGAGCUGAGCAGUUAGAGCUGCUCACGAGCUACUUGCGUACAGGCUAUACAUUUUGUUAUUGGUGUGGAACGCACUACGACAGCAUUGAGGAUUUGGACAGCAAUUGUCCCGGUGUGACACGGGAUGAGCAUUAGCUUAAGAUCUAUUUUCAUUAUAUCAUUAAAUGUUAGUUUUACAAAAUACGUGCACAUUUAUAUAUAUUACAAUAAAACGUAGUCCAAAACAGUUA